AUGCUGUGGGGGUGCUCCGCUGGAUCGCAGUACAAGCCCACCGGAAACCCGAUCCUCGAUGUCCGCAACCCCGAUCUGCUCGAACGCGAUCGGAUCGCAGCCGCGGAGCAAGCGUGGGCCGAGGUCGUCGAGGGGACACGCGUUAGAGAGCGUACUCGACAAGCAUUCAAGAACCUCGCGUGGUCCAGCGCGACCUCUCCGGAUCUCCGCUACACCACGCUCGAUCUGCUCAUGUCCGACACCUCUCCAGAAGGAGACGCGGACUCGGCGCGCAUGGCGCGAUUGAUCCUUCCGACAGAGGAAGACCGACAAGCCGUCCGGAUCAUCCUCCAGCACGCGAUCCGCGCGAAGUGGCAGGGACUGAUGCCGGCGAUCGUGCGUUCGUAUGCGCGCGUGACUCCGGGAUAUCCAGAUGAGCAGCGCAUGGAGCGCAAAGCGAUCGAGGCGCUCGAGCCGGGACAACCGAUCGAAGCGGUGGUGUUCAGUGUGUUCCUCGAUCCGCUCAAGGGCGCAUCGGACAGGGAAGAACGCUCCAUCCUCCGCGUCGCGGAUCGCACGCGCGAUGACGCGUGGGGAUUGCUGGGACGACUCGACGCGGACGGCUCGCAGCGCGUGCGACUGCUCGAAUCCAACAUGACCCCAAGCGCCACAGACCAAGGCACGCAGCAAACACUCGACGAUCUCCGCGCGUGCUGGAAUGACUUCGGGAUUCUCCCGAACCAAGCGAUGGAACUCGCGUGGUUGCGUCAGCUCCGUCACGCGACCGAUGACGACUGGGCCGCGAAGAACGUGGUCUGGUGGGACGAGUCCCGGCUCGCCGUGUCGUACCUCCGAGGCAAUCAGCGCGAUGACCUCGAACUGCGUCACCUCGAAGCACUCCGCUGGGCACGUUCGAAUCGCUCGGAUUGGUUCUCAAUGAGCCGGCAGCAACUGAUUGACGAGAUCCGCGAUCGUCAGAACGCUCGUACGCUGAUUCGUCGCAAGCCCGACAAGGGGCAGCCGUCUCGCAGAGAGCGCAUCGAGGAUUGGCAGAACCAACUAAGCUGGGCCGAUCUGCUCACGAUCUUGGUGAUCGAUGAAGCCGUGCGAUCUGAAGCGGUCGUCGAGAAGCUCUAUGUGCAGCGGGCGCUGGACAAGAAGGACACCAAAACCGAAUACGGCGGGAUCAUCGAUGUCGACAACGCGAACGCGACGCACCGAGCCGUGCUGUUCCGUCCGCGGGCGCGGGAUCGUGUGAGCGAUGAGCGAUUCGUCGCGAGCGACGACAUGAUGCGUUUCUCGGAUCGUGCACUGGCGCACUACCACUUCCACGCGAACGAGCGCAACAACGAGAAAUACGCCGGCCCUUCCUACGCGGACUUCAUCAACGCGGAGAACUCCGGGCGCACCUCGGUCGUUUUCACCUCGAUCAAAGAGGAUGAGCUCAAUGUGGAUCUGUACCAGCCCGAUGGGGUGGUGAUUGAUCUUGGGAUCAUUCGGCAUGCUCCCGAGCUCGUAGAUCGUUGGGAGGUAGGUCUCUCCGCGAUUGGGGUCUGUGGAUUUGAGGAUGACCUCGUCGGUGCCGUUCCAGUGGAUGAGGUAGUCUGGUCCGUCCUCAUUGACUUUGAUUUCUGGGUUAUGGAUGUGUCCGCAGAUGAUGCCGUCGUAUCCGUGGUCUUUCGCGUAGUGGAGGGCGCUCUCCUCGAAGUUCCCGAUGAUCAUCGGAGCGGUGCGGGUGACGAGGUCGAACUGAUGCCCGUGCAGGAUCAGGUACCGUUUCCCGUCCGCCGCAGUAUGCUCGACGCGCUCGGCGAGAUUGAUCUGACCAAAGUCACGCGCCGCGUCGUUGUCCCCAAGGAAGUGCAUGAGGAACUCGUCGUGGUUGCCGAUGGUCAGAUGGAUCGGGGUGUCCUUCUUCGCGAGCUUGAGCAGACGCUGAACAACGUUGAUGUGUUCCUGUGUGUUCUUUGCUUUGAGGAGUCCCGCUUGUUUCCAGCGCCAGAUAUCGAUGAUGUCUCCGUUGAGGUAGAGCGCAUCGAACUCGUUCUUCUUGAGAAAGCUGUAGAUCAACUCCGUCUCGGCCUUCUUGCUCCCAAGGUGGAGGUCCGAGAUCCAGCACGCACGAUACCGCAUGGUGCUUCACUCGCCGAACUUUACCUUUGGAUGCGGGCGAUUUUGGGGCUCGUAGACUCCCGCGUGACUCUUAACCAACAAGAACAACUCAUCGCACAGACCAUCGCUUCCAAAGCCGAUGCGCUGCUCGAAGACCUGAUCCUCCACGUCGGCACCAAAACCGGAGGAUUCAACGAGCAAGGCAUCGAGCACACGCGCGAGCUGCUGACCUCCAGACUGGUCGCACUUGGAGCGAAGCACACGCAGGUCGAUCCCGAUCCCAAGCCCGAAUGGUUGCUUGGUGGGAAGCCCGGCGGGUACAUGCCGACCACCUCGAUCUGCGAGCGUCUCAAUGGUGCUCAGUCCGGACGAGUCCUCAUCGCGGGACACAUGGACACGGUCCACGAUCCGGCAUCCGAUUUCAACAAGCUCACGAUCUCCGACGACGGCAAGACCGCGCUGGGACCAGGAUGUGUGGACAUGAAGGGCGGACUGGUGAUCGCCGUCGCGGCCCUCGAAGCACUCGAAGAAUGCGGCGUCAGCGCCAACUGGACCUUCUCGCUCAACGCGGACGAAGAGACCGGCACAUACCACUCCGCUCAAGCACUCCGCGAUCAAGCGAAGCUCCACGAUUUCGGACUGGCGCUCGAACCCGCGAUGCCGGGAGGGGAGCUGGUCGUCGAACGCAUGGGCGCGGGACAGUUCAUGAUCGAAACCUUCGGCAAAUCCGCGCAUGUCGGACGAGCAUUCACCGAUGGGAUCUCCGCGGUCACCAAGCUCGGAGAGUGUCUUGUUGCGGUGGGGGACAUGCCUGAUCCGGAAAGAGGACGCAUCCUCAAUAUCGGACCACUCAAAGGUGGGCCUGUGACCAAUGGGGUCCCGGAUCAUGCGCAGGCGUGGGGGAAUGUGCGAUUCCCGGAUCAGACAAUUGCCGAUGAAAUAGCGACCAUGCUCGAUGCACUCAACACAUCCGGAGAAACGCUCCCAGGAGUCAAGGUGCAUCGCAGCUUCAAUCGUCCUGCCAAGCCGAUGAUCCCAGCGACCGAGUCACUCGCGCUCCAAGCACGCGCAGUCGCGGAGGGGCUCGGACAGAAGCUGCCGUUCGCGAAAACCGGCGGGGUCUGCGACGGCAACAUCCUCCAGCAAGCUGGACUCAAUGAGAUGACCACCCAAACCCAGACCGACACCACCGGAACCAAGCUGCUCAACGAUCAGACCAUCCACGAUACCUUCAACACCAUCGUGGAUCAGGUAUCGCAGUACAGCGCCCAGAUCACGGACGUUCGGCCGCCGAAUCCGGAUCUCGCAUCGAGUUUCGACGACAUGCUCCAGGAAGCCGGACGCAUCAAGGGACGUCCGCUGCUCUACCCAUCCAUCAGCUCCGGUGUCGGCAACGGCGCACUGGUCGAGAUGGCGGACGGGUCCGUCAAGUGGGACAUGCUCACAGGGAUCGGUGUCCACUUCAUGGGACACUCCAAUCCCAAGGUCAUCAAAGCACAGCUCGACGCGGCGCUGCUCGACACGACCAAGCACGGCAACCUCCAAACCUCGUACGACGCCGUCGAGUUCGGGAAGCGGCUCGUAGAUCGUGCCGCAAAGACCUCGAACCUCGCGCACGCAUUCGUGACUACUUCCGGCGCGAUGGCGAAUGAAUCGGCGAUCAAAGUCUGUUACCAGAAGCACGCACCCGCAUCACGCGUGCUUGCGUUUGAGCACUGCUUCAUGGGACGCUCCGUCACCAUGGCGCAGAUCGGUGACAGCGCCGGCGGUCGUCAGGGUGUCCCGCUCUCCACACAGGUCGAUUACAUCCCGUUCUACGAUCCCGCCCGCGCCGAGCAGAUGGGUGGCGAGACGAAGUUCAUCGAUUACGCGGUGAAGCGUCUCGAGAAGUAUGUCAGCAGAUACCCGAAGCAGCACUCAUGCUUCAUCUUCGAGCUUGUCCAAGGCGAAGGCGGCUUCAAUGUUGCAUCGCGUGACUACUUCACAGCACUCAUGGACAUCUGCAAAGCGAAUGACAUCGCGAUCUGGGACGAUGAGAUACAGUCCUUCGGACGCACCGAGGAGAUGUUCGCGUACGAGAUGUACGACCUAGGGGAGUACAUCGAUGUCUUCUGUGUCGGAAAGAUGACCCAAGCAUGCGCGACGAUGUACACCGAAGAGUACAACCCGAAACCAGGUUUGCUCUCAGGGACCUUCACCGGUGCGACCGUGGACUUUACCGCAGGCAACGCGCUGCUCGACGAGUUGAUGUCCGGCGAUUACUACGGCAAGGACGGCAAGUUCGCUCAGCACCACGCCGAGUUCCGCAAGCAGGUCCAGAUCCUCGCCGACAAACAUCCCGAAUGGUUUCCUUCGGGUGACACAUUCACUGACCUUGCCGGCGGUGUUGGCGGCAUGAUGCGUUUCACCCCAUUUGGAGGAGAUCGCGCCAAGGUCAUCGCGGCGUGUAAAGCCGCGUACGACGAGGGUGUGAUCUGCUUCUGGUGUGGUCACGGCCCAUUCCAUGUCCGCAUGCUCCCGCCGCUUCCAGUGAUGAAGAUGGAAGAGCUACCGAUGGAUCGACUCCGCGAAGCACGACGCGAUGAUAUCGAUACCCUGCUUGAGCUGGCGCACACAGGGAACUUCAUCAAUCUCCCGCCCUUCAAAGAGAAGAUCGCGGAGAUGCUGGAGAUUUCCUCGCGGAGUUUCGAUGCAGUUCGCGAACAAGGCGUCCCCAGUGAUGGGCAUGAUCGUACGCACGACAACUACAUGUUCGUUCUUGAGGACGAGGAUGGCAAGUGCCUGGGAACCUCAGCAAUCCGAGGCGGGAUGAUUGCGACCGAUCAUCCGAAUCUCUCGUAUCAGCUUCUGAAGCUUGUACGCGAAUCGACGCUGCUCUCGAAGAAGGUGCAUCAGCCCGAUCAGCCCGACAACGAUCACGAUCGCAUGAUCGUCUCUGGACGCAUGGAGCAUGUCUACGCGAUCCUCUUCCAAGACAACGCAUGCCCGACCGAACUCGGCGGGAAUGUCAUGCGCCACGAUGCACGCGGACGCGGUCUCGGGAAACUCCUGAGCUACACGCGCUUCCACUACCUCAAGCGUCAUCCAGAGUGGUUCUCUGAUCGGAUCCUCGCGGAGAUGAUGGCCCCGAUCGACGAGUACAACGACGGCACCCCAUUCUGGCGCGGCGUGAUCCGUAAGUUCAUCAACAUGUCCUACGAGGACGCGGACCGACUCUCGACGCAUCAGGACAAGCGUGAGUUUAUGUACGAACUGCUCCCGAAGUUUGUGAAUCUCUCGCUGCUCUCUGAUGAUGUCCUGACCUCGCUCGGAGCAGUUGGUGUCGCGACGCGACCCGCCGCGGAGAUGCUCAAGGAUGUCGGAUUCACGAUCACACAUCGGAUUGACCCGUUUGAUGCCGGUCCUCACCUUGAGAUGCGCUUGAGUAAUCUCAAAGCACUCGCAUGCGCCAAAACGCGUGUCAAGAUCGGUGAGCCGGGAUCAGACGCGAUCGAUGCGAUCGUUUCGACCGAAGACUCGGAUGAUGGCUUUGUCGCGGUGCGAACACGCGUCGAGCAUCCAUUCACGCAAGACGAGGGGGGUGCCCCAGUCAUCAUCGGACACAACGCCGCGAACGCACUGAAGAUCGCCAAUGGCGCGAUGGUUACAGUCAGUCCGAUGCGAUUCCAGCCCGAUCGUCCGCGUCCGGCGCCGAUCCCUUCGAUCCACCUUCGCGACGAGAUUAAGUCUCGUAGACCAGAUGUCGCAGGCACAAAGCUUGCGGCUUUGCCGUUCAGUGAUGUCGCGAAGAUUAUCCAAGACCAUGUCGAUCGCAUCGCUGCAGAACUCAGCGAGUAA